AUGGAGAAAUCUUUGAUGUCCUCAGCCAGUGCAUCGAUCCAGGAAGUGAACCGGCGAUCUGCUCCACCUCAGUAUGAGUAUUACGUUGGUGGCAUGCUUGAAAAGCCAAUUGUCGUUCCUCAGCAAACUUCUCUCUUCAUGAUCAAGACGUUCUCGCCCUUCGCAUGCGCCUAUUCCCCAGCUCUCGCCAGUUUGCCCGACCCCAUAUCUCACGACCAAUUCAUCGGAUUCAUUGAUGGACUGAACAGCGCAUUUAUUUCGUCACCUAUCUUUCAGGUGGCACAUAUAGUCGGCGGUACUCUUUUGGGUACGCCGAUAUUUCCAGCCCAGGUAGUAGGAGGUGUAUUGCAGGUCGCAUCUGUUGGUAUGUCAGUAGGCGUUUCCAUGGUUCGAGUUCGAAGCUACCUGAAGAAGGCCAACACAAAUAUGUUUGCGCCACGGAAUCUGAUUGCCAGAAUCAUGACUACGAAGAAGAUGAUGGCUGAGAUUCAUUUCAAUAAUGUGGACGCUAAGGGAAAGCUGCUUCUACCGCCUUUGGAAGAGCUCAGCGACCUCACUCCGGAGACUGCUGUUGUCGUCCGCGAUCCAGGCGUUGCUGCUCCAGCGCCAACGAUCGAAGACCCAAGAGUCAGAAGAACCCGCGCAUUGAUGGGUUACAUUGCGCCACUAGAGUUUGAAGAAGCGGCUAUUCCCAAGGGAAAAUACGAGAAAUAUGGAGGAGCUCCACUCAGAUGGCUAAACAAGCGACAGGACACCAAACUGGCCAAGGCAGCAACCAAGAGCUCGGAGAAAAGGUUGUCGAAGGCGCCGGAGGUAGAGGCAGAGAUGGAGAAGUCAGAGCAGGCAAUUCAAGAAAUUGUGCACAAGAUGAUUGAGGCCCAUCAUCAAUAUGAAACCGAACUUGCGGCUACUCCAGGCGACAGAAACAGGAUUGAAGCUCGCUCCGAACAAGAGAUCGCCAUUCUUGGGCGGGCCAAAGAAGUAGAGGUCGAUAGGAGGAACAAGGCGCUGGCCUUAAUUUACAAAAAUGGGGACAAGAAGCUCAAUAAGCUUGCGAGGAAUGAAGAGAAGAUCGCUAACAGAAUUCUUUGGAUUGUCAUCUCCAAAAUCAAUGGUAAUGGCGGUGAUGAGCAGAUGGAAGUGGGCAGUAUAGAGAGCAGUGAGCGUCCAAUGUCCAACUAG